CAGCCCCAGCAACAGAGGGAAACAACAAAGCUUGCAGCCUUGUCAAUCCCUGAUUGAAGAUGUGAUGUUCAGGAGGCUUAUCUACGCGGACGGCUGUUGACACUUUCAAUAUGAUAGUUCAAAUGAGCACAAAGGAUAUAUGACAAGCUAGAGGCAUACAGCAUUAGCCAAGUGAAUCAACCUCUAAACUUGGUUCUGAUUCAAAGCCGAAACCUACUUUCAGCUGUCAUUGUCUGCUCUUAGAUACGCUAUCAAAACACAGUGCGGUUUGCAAACGCCUUGCUUGUUCUCAACAACCCUGCCCAACCCCCAGCAUCACCGGCACCAAGACCGUUGACACUGGCACUUGGUACUUUGAUUCCAGCACUUUUGACGCGCUAUUCCGAGGUACCUCCCGUCCUUGGAACUGCCCUGGCUGCCUGCUGUCCUGUGCUUGCCCACCCGCUGUUGGGUCCUAUCCUGUCCUGGCGCCCGCCCCGGGCUGUCGCUCCAGUGCCUGCAGUGCAGUCGGGCCCCCAGUCCUAGCGAGAAAAAAACCAAGCCCAAGCCUAUUUCACCCAAAAAACCAAAGCCCCUUCUUCCUCGCGUCUCUUUUCUAACUGCUCUCUCUACUGCCAGUCCCAACCUAACCCAACUCAAACUCUCCUCUUUCUCUGUCCAUCCAUUUCCCAUCCCCAUCGACCCGCAGCCGCCGCCCUCCGCGAAACUCACAACCUGCACCAUCUCCCAAGCUCAAGCUCAAGCUCGCAUUUCACGCCAGCAACUUCGUCCAUUUCUUUCAACUUUUUAACCAAAAACCACAUCUAAUCAAUAACCAUGGCUGAGAUCCGCCGAAAGCUCGUCAUUGUCGGCGAUGGUGCUUGUGGUAAAACCUGUUUGUUGAUUGUUUUCUCCAAGGGCACUUUCCCUGAGGUCUACGUCCCCACCGUUUUCGAGAACUACGUCGCCGAUGUCGAGGUUGAUGGCAAGCACGUCGAGCUCGCCCUAUGGGAUACUGCUGGUCAGGAGGAUUACGACCGUCUUCGACCCCUGUCUUACCCCGACUCCCACGUUAUCCUGAUCUGCUUCGCUGUUGACUCUCCCGACUCUCUUGACAACGUCCAGGAGAAGUGGAUCUCUGAGGUUCUGCACUUCUGCCAAGGUCUCCCUAUCAUUCUUGUCGGCUGCAAGAAGGAUUUGCGAUACGACCAGAAGACCAUCGAGGAGCUCCGAAAGACCAGUCAGAAGCCUGUCUCCCCCGAGGAGGGUGAGGAGGUUCGCAAGAAGAUCGCUGCCUACAAGUACCUUGAGUGCUCAGCCAAGACCAACGAGGGUGUCCGCGAGGUGUUCGAGCACGCUACUCGCGCUGCUCUGCUGUCGCGAAGCACCCGUGGUAGCAAGCACAAGAAGUGCCUUGUUCUGUAAAGGGCGCUAUGGAAGCCCUCUGAGCGCAGCCCACGCACACGUGCCGUGGCUUGACCCUGCGUUGUAAUCCUUUGUCGUUCCAGUUCAACCUCGACUUGGCCCCGGCAGUUCGGAUACGGGUUCGUGGCAGCCAAGAAGGAGAAGGCUGUCGGCAUGCAUCGGUUUUCUCGGAAUCUGGAGUUUGAUAUCGUCUCGCUCAUGUCUGGUCCAUCGGCCUACGCGCCGACCCUUCUCGCUGGAUUGAUGGUUUUCUUGUCGGCAGAGCCCAUGGUUUCUUGGACCUCCUGGAUCUCCCAGGCGGUUACUUUUCCCGGCAGAUACCUCGUCUUUUUUAUUAUCACCACUGGCAUGCGAGCGGGACCUUUGUUUUAUGUAUGUGCUUGUCGCGCAUGGGGGAGGUGGGCCAGAUGUCUUUUUUCUUGUUUGGGGGGCUGUUGAGGAGGAGGAUGAGGAGUGGCUCUCGUUCCUCGCUCUCCUGCCAGGUCUGUCGGCCACUGCAGACUGACAGAUGAGGAACUAUCAGGGAGAAGUGUCAGGAGGCCGGGAGAGGCUCCGUGGGCUGUUACGGCGAGAGCGUUUGUGUCUGCUUGUGUGUGGAUAUGGGGUCCGGCUGGGGGAACCAAGUCGGUCCAGGCCAUAAAUUUUUUCGUUUUUUCUCUUGAAGCCUCGAGACCGUUACUUAGACCAUGGAGAUGGGACAUCUAUUGCGUAGGGCCUGCCUGUUUAAUCUCUUGAUUUUUUGUAUAUCCUGUCUAUCUGUUUUUGUGAUGUUAAUGUAUGUAUGCUCUUGAACGACGUGACCAUCCCUAUCUACCUAGACCUAGCUUGUCUUGUUUGUGUCUUGUUAUGCAUUGGCAUGUCAUGUUACACUACUUAUAACUGGCCGUCAUUCCUCAGCCAGCUUGAACCAAGAUGCUUAUCCGUCUUGGUAUCCUUAUCUUGACUGGUCUUAUCAAAGACAGCCUCCUUGUCCACGUGCCAAUGUCUAGUCAUGUGGCCCCCAUCCCAUACUAGACUCUUUGAUCGGCGCCGAGCCUAUUUUGGUUUGGGUGAUAUCAGUGAUGUAAUCCCAUCAAUCACUGCGGAAGUGAGGCAGUUGGUAUGAUCAGCUAUGCGAGCGCGGCGCAGCUUAAGAGGGACAGUUCACGAUGCACACACGAUGAUAUGAGGUAAAUAUCGGUCUUGUUUCCUCAGUAUCGAGAUAAAACAAAUGAGCGAGCGAGCGUAUCCUCUGCUUCACAA